CAUCAGCGUGCCUCGUUGAAGAUGUGAAGUGGCCAUGUCGCUCUCCCCAAAGAACAGCGCACCGAACUCGCUAGAUGCCACGAUGGAAGCUCUCGCUGUGCAGCAAUCAGAAGCUGUUGAUACAGCCGACCCUCCACGUCUCGCUCCAUCGAACCAGAGCUUGCUGGGCCCGCCUAGCGCUCUACAUAUUGAUACCAAUGAACCGGAGGAUGUCGAAGUCGCGCACUCCCGGUUGAUGAUGCGUUUGUCGUCAGGUGGCAAACGAGCUGUCGGGGGAGUGUUUGCGUGCUCGCUCUCACUUGUGAACGACGGAUCGGAGUCUCGAUUGUGGGCACAGUCGUACUUUCGCUUUCUUGCGCAAACCUGCUUCGACUUGUCACCGUCGGCUGUGGAGGGGUUGUUGCCGGUCGUGCAGUCGGAGCGAAGUCGGUCGCCUGCUACAACCAACUCUGCGACAGCGUCGCUGGAUGAGAUGCCCAUUGACAGCGGCCCCUUCGUCGCCUUGAUCGAGACGGAGCUCUCCCACGACGAGAUCGUCCAGCUCUUCUGCUACGUUCUCUGGCGCACAACCCAUGCCGUCGGCUACGACGCACGAACCCGGGCCAUGUUUCGCAUCGCAUGUCGGCAAUUCCACAAUAUUUCCUGGACGGUCAUCGGCGCCGAGGAAGUCGUGUUGGCGCGUGCUUUGCUUCUCGAAGCUACCGAGCUUCAAUCGACCAAAAAAGUACAGAGUCCUCGAAAGUGGACGGACUGGCGGCGCAACUUGGCCAUUGGUGGUGCAGCUGUAGCCGGUGGCACCCUCCUGGCGUUGACCGGUGGCCUGGCGACCCCACUCGUCGCGGCGGGGUUCUCUGCCUUGGGUGGGGCCGGGGCGGUCAUCGGCACUGCUUUGGCAUCAUCAGGAGCUGUGACGGCGGCGACGGUGUUGUUUGGCACGGCGGGGGCUGGCCUGGCUGGUUAUAAGACCGAUAGACGGACCCUGGGAAUCAAGCAAUUUGAGUUUCAGCUGCUCACGCCAGGCGAUGGCAUGCACGUCUAUGUGUGCGUGGCAGGAUGGCUCGAAGAAGACAACGCGGCCGACUUCUCCAAUGCAUUUGGGACCCCCCGCGAAUACUUGCGCGCGUUCUAUGCGCAGUUUUGCCCAGAGAAGCUCGGGCUUGUCGACAGCAUGCUGGAGCGAUACAAAGGUCGCGAAGACGAAUUGUUUGCUAUGCUGCGCAAGCAGUACAACCUGCCGUUGGACCAGGACCCGGUGACGGUCCGACUGGAGCAGGUGCUUCCAACGGAUGGCAAGCCGUACACGGAGCCGUCGCCAGUCCAGCUGCGUGCGUGGCAGUGGAAGCAUCGAAUGCCAUUCGGCGACCAGUACAGUUUGUGCUGGGAAAAGGACGUGCUCGUUCGGUUCGGAAAGAACAUGCGCACGUUUACAAGAGAGAUGAUAUUGAGUUACGCCCGCGGCGAGAUCAUUCAGCGCACAAUAUUUGCCGCGCUGUUUGCCGCCGUCGCGCUUCCCAAGUUCGUCAUCAACCUGUGCAACAUGAUCGAUUCCGAGUGGGCGAUGGUCAUGGCCCGAGCCGAUACGUGUGGCGUUCUCCUUGCGAAGACGUUGAUGGCGCGCCAGCAAGGGUUACGACCGGUCUCGCUCGUUGGGUAUGGCAUGGGCGGUCGGUUGAUCUUUUCCUGUUUGAAGCAUUUGGCGGGUCAAGGGGUAAGAGAGAUCGUCUAGAGAGGUCACGGCGAUCGAUGGAUAAUCUGAUGGUGGUGGUGGACAGGACGACGGCCUUGGCAUCAUUGAAAACGCCGUCGUCCUGGGGGCGGCAAUGUCCGUGGCCGCGGCCGACUGGAGCGCCGUCAAGCAGGUCGUGGCCGGACGGUUGGUCAAUGGGUACUCGUCCAACGACUGGAUGCUCGCCAUCAUGUUUCGCUACCAGAGCAUGUCGCUUGGAUCGCCCGCUGGCCUCGGGCCCAUUGAAGGCGUGGCAGGCGUCGAAAACGCCGAUCUGUCAGCGAUUGUGACAGGUCAUUUGGACUACCCGAACAAGAUUGGUCUCAUUUUGGAAACGCUUCAACUGGAAGCAUGACGAAUUCGCGACGAGGCAGCAAUGCCAUGACUCGAUCGCAAUGUACUGUUUGCCGCUAGCGCUUGGGCCCUUCUUCGACAAGUCGAGGAGGGCUGCUAAGCGAUAGUCGAGUUUCCUGCAUGUAAUGAACCCGUGCCCGGAAAUGUGGGCCCAACAAAGCAUCGAGAGUGGCCACACAGGGUGCCUGGACGCCUGCAUGGUGCACUCCCUCAUGCGCAUUUGCUCCGUAAUGCACUCCUUUCUCGC